GUUGGCAGUCACAGAGAGUCUCUCUUAACAAGUUAACACAGAGACAAGUGCGGUAACGAAUCGCAGAGAAAUUUGAAGAAUGUCGAAGUUCGAGUACCCAGUAAUGUCGCGCGGUGAGAUAGUGGCAAUCUUGGCGGAGUCGCAGAUCGCCAGCAUAUCCGAGCACGAUCUCUUCAACCCCAACCCGGAUUUCAUUUCGGAUCUCUACGCCCGUCUCCUCUUCCACAUCGACGCUCUCCACGAGGAAGAUAAUGGACAAUUGGAGUUCGCGGCGCUCGAGCAGCUCGAGAACCCAGACUUUCAUGUCGAGUCUGCCCAGACUAUCAAGCUCUACAACCGGAUAAAGGAGGUGCUGGCAUCGAUAGAAUGCCCGAAAAGAUUUACCCUCAAAGACCUGAUAAGACCAGAUACUGACAGGACUGGAUUUUUCCUUAGCUCAAUUCUCAAUUUUGGUCUUCACAGACGGGCAAAACUGGAUUUCCUGCGUCCAUUUGUGGAUGAAGUCAACCUUCUUGAGGAGCAGCAAAGAGAGUGGGAGGCUAAGAUUUCCCAGUUGAAUGCAGAGAUUGAGGAGUGCAAUGAAGCAAGAGAGAGGGAGUUGCCUCUUGUUCAGGAGGUAGAUGCAAAAGUUAAAGAAUUGCGUCAAACCAUUGCAGGCCUCAACAAUCACCAGAUGUCACUGAGAGCUUCUUUUCGCAAGCUGAAGGAGAAGACAGGAGAAAUGGAUGAGAAGAUUUCUAAUGCUGAAUUUGUUCUAGUACAAAGUGUUCAAGAAAAUGCAAAUCUACGUUCAAAAAUUGUCCAAUCUCCAGAUAAGUUACAGAGGGCAUUAGAGGAGAAGAAAUCAGUUCGGGAGGUGGCAAAGAAUGCUGAAAAAAUAGCAAUGCAAUCUUAUCAGGAUAAGAAUGCCAUUGUUGAGAUUUAUACAAAGGUUUUGAAGAAAAUGUCAAAACACUUUGCUCAGAUGCAGGCUAUACAAGAACAGGUAAACUCUGCCAAAUCCAUUGAGAAGGACUUUAAGGCUUUAAAAGCUAAACUGAGUGAUGAGGAAAUGCUGGAUAAGUCACUUGAGGCUAAACUGGUGGAACGGCAAGGCAAAGCUGAACAGUUGGAUGAAUUAAGAAAGCAGUUAGAAAAGGAAAGAGAUCUAAAGUGCGAGGAGGCUACCAAAGAGUUCAAUAAUGUGAAGCUUGAGGUGGAAUCUAGGAGACGUGAUCUGGAAACAAGGCAAAGGAAUGUUGAAGCUGUGGUUCUGGAGGUGGAUGCUAUAAAUUCAAAGGCUAAUUCUAUAAAAGAAUCUGGAAGAGCUAAAGUGCAGGAGUUAAUUCAUAAAUCCGAAGAGAUUCUGAAAGAGUUUCGCCAAUAUUCUAAAUCUAUUGAGGACUUGCUGCCAAUGACAGAAAUGGAGCCAAAUUCUGAUUGAGUUAGUAUAAUUAACCUUCAACUACUAUGGGUUCAACUCUUUAGCUGGUUUGACUGCGAAAUGCAUCUUGGCCCCUGCAAAGUUGAAUUCUUGUUUCCUGUGUUGCAGCCGUGGAAGUCAUCCUCCGCCCAAUCUGACGCCAGCAUUGUUAAUAAUAAUAAUAAUAAUAAUUUGUUUUUCAUCUUUUUGGCUAAUAUCUAGUGUAAUAUUAAUUUUCCUCAAAAGGUACCUUUUAGAUGUAGGCACAGCUACUACGUUGAGCUUUGUUCUAGUUUGUGCUCUGUUUCGUGUAUAAAUUUG